CUGCAGAGCAUUCAGCUGUGAAUCUGCUGGACGGAAACACGCUGAGCAGGCUCUGCUGUUUGAGCUCCUGCUGAACUUUAGAACCUCAGACCAUGGACCCACACCAAGCCACAGACCUUCAGAGCUCCGAUGGACCUGGUGAUGUUCUCAGAGGGUCAGCGGCUUCUAACAAAGAUCCCAACAAAGUGGUUGAACAUCAGGGUUUUCAGCAGAUCCUUCAUCCUGAAACCCGCAGCCCUCCAGGGAAACAUCGGGUUUAUGAUGAGCAGGACAUCAAAGACCACCGCCAGUCCUCGGUUCAUGGGCAUUAUUCCAUCUCCAAGCUGCCCCCAGACAGCAGGAAAAAAAAGCACGAUGAGAUGAGAAAGGAUGGCAGACGAGGCUCCGCCUCCAACCUUGAGACCUUCACAAAAGACGACCAAGAGGAAGAGGAGGGGGCCACACCUACCAGUGACCCACCCACCCGCUCAUUCAGUGACAGACAGCUCUCAGCAGAUCGGACCAGGACCGGUGUUCCUGCUGAUGCUGGCUGCAUCAGAGUCAGAUGGGAUGAGGUCUCAGCGGCUCGAUGUAACGUGUUGAGGCAGAACUCCAGAGAACCACCCCUCCAUGCCUCCAAAAACCCAGGAUCAAACCGCUCAAACCAACACCUGUCAUCUUGUUCGCCUCAUGAGGUGUUUGUGGAGCUGAAAGAGCUGGUGAUUGACCAGAACCACGAUCUGCAGUGGAGGGAGACGGCUCGAUGGUUCAGGUUUGAGGAGGAGAUGGAGGAGGAGGACACAGAGUGCUGGGGGAGGCCUCAAGUCAGCUGCCUGUCCUUUCACUCUCUGCUCCAACUCCGAAAAGCCAUCUCCCAUGGUGCAGUGCUUCUUGAUCUGAAGCAGAGGACUCUGCCUGGUAUUGCUCAGCAGGUGGUGGAGCAGUUGGUCCUCUCAGAUCAGAUCAAAGCUGAAGACAGAGAGAAGCUGCUGAGAGUUCUGCUGCUGCGACACAGCCAUCCUAGUGAUGAAAAGGACAAAAGCUUCUUUAGCAGAAACAUCUCUGCAGCUGCUAUGGUGUCUGUGAUGGACAGACUCAACAACCAAUCAGAACUCUGCUGCCAGAAAGAAAAUCCGCAGCUUGGGAACUCCAGACCAGAGAUGCAGCUGAUGGAGAGGAUCUCAGCACGAGCUGAGGCCACUUUGGUGCUUGUAGGUAGUGUGGGGUUUCUGGACCAGCCUUCCAUGGCCUUUGUGAGGCUGCAGGAGGCAGUUCUGCUAGAUUCUGUGCUGGAGGUUCCGGUCCCUGUAAAGUUUCUCUUCCUCCUGCUGGGCCCACCCUCUGCCAACAUUGACUACCAUCAGACUGGACGUUCAAUCUCAAUGCUUAUGUCAGACAAACAUUUCCAUGAGACCGCAUACCACACAGAAGAUCGGCAGGACCUGCUGACAGCCAUCAACAGUUUCCUGGAGUGCAGCAUAGUCCUUCCUCCCUCUGAGAUCAGUGGAGAAAUGUUGAUCCACUCAUCUGAAAUGAUGAUGAGGAGGGAGAAUGAGCAGAACAACAAGCUUCAGGAGAAACAAGACCAAAUUCAUGAAGAUGUUGAUUCCCUUGUUGUCUCCAAAUCCAGUGAUGAUCCUCUCAAGCGCUCGGGCCGUCUUUUUGGCGGUCUGAUCAAAGACGUGACGCGGCGCUACCCUCAGUACCGCAGUGACAUCCGGGAUGCUCUUAACCCUCAGUGCAUGGCUGCUAUCAUCUUCAUCUUUUUUGCUGCUCUGUCUCCUGCCAUCACCUUUGGUGGACUUCUCGGUGAGAAAACAGAAGGUCUGAUCGGCGUAUCUGAGCUGAUAGUAGCCACAUCAGUUUAUGGCAUAGUGUUCAGUUUGCUGGGGGCUCAACCUCUGCUGAUUAUCGGUUUCUCUGGACCUCUGCUGGUUUUUGAAGAGGCAUUCUACAACUUCUGUCGAGACAAUGGCAUUGAGUACCUGACCGGCAGGGUCUGGAUCGGGUUUUGGUUGGUGCUCAUUGUUAUCCUGACCGUGGCUUUUGAAGGAAGCAUUCUGGUUCGCUUUGUUUCCCGCUUCACUCAGGAGAUCUUCUCCUUCCUCAUUUCGCUCAUCUUUAUCUAUGAGACAUUUGCUAAACUGGUCAAGAUCUUUAAAGAGCACCCACUCAGAGGCUGCCAACCUGAAAACACCACAGAAUUGUCAUCUUUAAGCAACUCCACUGUGGCUGCAGAGAAGGUUGUCGGAGAACCGAACACAGCUCUGCUGUCUUUGGUGCUCAUGGCGGGAACAUAUUUUAUCGCUUUCUAUCUGCGCAUGUUCAAGAACAGCUCCUUCUUCCCUGGAAGGCUCCGGCGAGUCAUUGGAGACUUUGGCGUUCCAAUUGCAAUCCUCAUCAUGGUGCUGGUAGACUACAGUGUAGAGGACACCUACACCCAGAAGCUGAAUGUGCCCAGUGGAUUGUCAGUUUCCACUCCAGAGAAAAGAGGGUGGUUCAUCUCUCCUUUGGGUUCCGAUGGACAGUUUCCUGUUUGGAUGAUGGGAGCCAGCAUCCUGCCGGCCAUCCUUGUUUUUAUUCUCGUCUUCAUGGAGUCGCAGAUCACAGCGCUCAUCGUCAGUAAGAAGGAGAGGAUGCUGGUGAAGGGGACCGGUUUUCACAUGGACCUCCUGAUCAUUGUGGUGACAGGUGGGAUCUCUGCCCUGUUUGGAUUGCCGUGGUUAUCGGCCGCCACCGUUCGAUCCGUCACUCACACCAACGCCCUGACAGUCAUGAGGAAAUCUGUCACCCCUGGAGACAAGCCAUGUAUCCAGGAGGUCAAGGAGCAGAGGGUGACGGGCUUUGUGGUGGCUGUUUUAGUAGGUCUGUCCAUCACCAUCGGGGAGGUUCUCCGUCAGAUCCCUCUGGCAGUGCUGUUUGGGAUUUUCCUCUACAUGGGUGUGAUGUCACUGAACGGGAUCCAGCUUACAGAGAGACUCAUCCUGCUGCUGAUGCCACCAAAGUACCACCCUGACCUCAACUACGUCCGCAAGGUGCGCACGCUAAGGAUGCAUCUGUUCACUCUGGUCCAGCUGUUGUGCCUGUCUCUGCUGUGGGUCGUCAUGGCGACGGCAGCAGCUGCAGCGUUCCCCUUCAUGCUGCUGUUGACCAUCCCGCUGAGGAAGCUGCUGCUGCCCCGCAUCUUCAGCUGCAGGGAGUUGCAGAGUCUGGAUGGUGAAGAUGUGGAGCCUCAGCUGGAUGAAAAGGAGGGACAGGACGAGUACUCACAGCUGCAGAUGCCUGUGUAGCCCUGCAUGAUGAGAUGAGUGGAUCACAAAGUGUAAAAACUUGAAAUCUGUCUGCAGAUCUGAGAUUGUUCAGCUUCUCCACCUUGAUAAAACCUGAAUGCCUUGAGACUGAUGUCGCUUUUAAUAUCCUGUUAGUUGUUAAUAUCCUGAAUGAUGUCAAUAGUUUUGUAGUGAUGUCAUAUCCUGGUCAGGUGAUCCUGAUCAAUCUCAGAGGAGCCUAACAUCCUCCUCAAAAAGAUAAUCAGUUGGUGUUAUGGAGCACAGUACUCCUCUCAGAUGGUUAAUGUCAAAAUUUAAAGGCAGGGGGGGGGGGGGGGGGGGUUCAUGUUGUGUACACUUUUAAAGACACAAAAUUUGAGCUUGAUCACAUGACACACAGUACCCCAGUGCUCCAUUUCACUAUGAUUAACAAUGUCAUCAUUUGUUUUUUCCCUUUCAAAUAAUUUUUAAUACUAUGCAGAUGAUAUAAUUUAUGUAAAACCAUGUCCAAAUUAAAGAGUUUCCCAGAGUCAAGGCUCAAAA